AUGAAUUAACCCUUUGAUACAGAAGACUCUAUAAAUUCAGAUGAAGCCAUCAAAUCAAUCGAAUGUAAAUAUCUCACUCCCAACUUCCAUCCCAGUCUCGAUGAUAAAGGCACCUCAGUUCAUAAAAGGAUGAAUGCAAUAAAUUCAAUGAGGUGUAAAUUUAAAGAGUCUUUGGUCUCUAAAGACGAAGUAUUCACCCAAUCCUCUCCCUUCAAAUCAACCAAUGUUAUUUCGAGUCAAAAUGGAUAACCACAAAGUGACUUGCCAUCCUCGCCUCUCAAAGCAGAAGAUUUGACUAAACAGGACAAAGUGCAUCUGGCUGAAUCCCGUAAAAGACACAAUACCAAAAAUUCUAUUGAAUAAUUCUAAGAAAAGCAAAUACAACAAAAUCAGAGGAAAAGUCAACCGCAUUCGUAACCUAAAUAGGUAUAAACUCGUAAACCUAAAAAAUAAAUUUAUGUAACUUAGAUUGUAAAUGAUCAUUGUGAAAUUACAAGUUUUCCAAUCCCAAAACCCCAAAGAUUGUCAAGGAUUAUCUAAAAUAAUGAUGGUCAUCAAUCUUAAAGAGGAAGCUCUGCAUCUACUCCAAGAGGUAUCCUCAAAUCUGGCUCAUUUGAAGUUUUGAGAAUUGGCAGUAGACCAAGUACUCAAAGUCUCAACAGUCCCAUGAUGAGACCCAGCAGCAAAAGGGUUUCCUUUGAAUUUACAAGCGAAUAAUUAAGGAAAAUGAAAAACAACUGUGGGAGUUCAGAUCAUAGUAAAUAUUAGAGAUUGAAAACAAAAUUCAAGAAAUGA